GUGUAGGGAGAAGCAGGGACUCACUGUGAGGGGGAACUUUGUUACUAUGAAACUUAGGAAUAUUUACAAAAUAUUGUAAAAAUUAUCAAAAUCCCUCGUGAAUCCAUAACCUGCCCCUAGGGUUUGAGGUUUUUAGUUUAGUUCGCCCGGAAAGGGCUUCUACACUCACUAUUCUUACACUUUUUUGAAAGAAUGUGUGAGACAGACAGUUAGCCAGCUAGCUAGCUAGCUGAGAGGUGAUACAGGCGGCAGGAGAACAAAAGAUUUUUUUCCGUUUUGGCCGGUUGUACUGACACCAAGUCCAUGCAGAACGUGUCAUUACCAUCACAAUGCCCGUUUUACUUUUUCUGAUAGACACGUCCGCUUCAAUGAACCAGCGCACCCAUCUGGGCACUACCUAUCUGGACAUAGCAAAAGGCGCUGUUGAGACUUUUAUGAAGCUCAGAGGGAGAGAUCCGGCGAGCCGAGGGGACCGGUAUAUGUUGGUAAAUUUUGAAGAUGUUCCGUUCGGGAUAAAGGCUGGAUGGAAAGAGAGCCAUGCCACAUUCAUGACAGAGUUGAGGAACCUCCAAGCAACUGGACUCACAACUAUUGGCCAAUCCUUGAGGAACGCUUUUGAUUUACUCAAUCUCAAUAGAUUAGUGACUGGGAUAGACAACUAUGGACAGUCUUACAAGCAUCAACCACCUCCAUACUGUGGACCCACACAUCCUCAGCCAUACGACACAAUCAUGACAGCAAGUCCAAGCAGCAGGAGCAACGUAGCUUUCUUCUUUUCUUUUCCCCCCAUCAUUGAUUAGUAACUUCAGUUUGUGUUACAUACGUCACUGCUCUCAUCAAGGACAUGGAGAUUAUUACACCUGUAAAUGAGCUUUUAAGCAUGAAAAUGCAUUAUGUUUUGAAACUAUAAGGAUCUAUUGCAGGCUCUGUCUGCACAAAUAUGCACUGAAAGCUAGAUGCUUUUUAAAAAAUAUAUAGUUUAGUUGUAUUUAAACUAGUGUAGGCUUGUGUCAUUUCAGCUUUAUGGCCAGUUUGUUAAAAUGCACUGGAUUAUUAUGAGAGGUGGUUCUAAUAUUUAGUCCAUAAAUGGUCUGGCCACUCUGUGGUGUGUGUACAACCUUCAAAGGAAAAGCUAAACACAAUUUUAAUCAAGUUGGAUUUAUUUUAGAGCUUUGUAAUAAGACUUUUUCAGUUUUAACCAGGUCAGUCUAAAUGAUUUAGUUUCAAGCCUGUCAGAGGACUUUUGUGCUUUUAUGAAGAAUCACUGGGCGAGGUGGUAGAGCGGGUCGUCUACCGAUCGAAAGGUCGGCGGAUCAAUCCCCGGCUCCUCCCGUCUAUGUGUCAAAGUAUCCUUCGGCGAGAUCCUGAACCCUGUUGCCCCCGACACAUCCAUCAGAGUGGGUGUGCGUGAAUGUUUGAUGGAAGUGCUUAGCUGUAGAUAAAAGCACUGUAUGAAUGUGCGUGUGUUUCUGAUUGGGUGAUUGACAGAUGUAGUAAAAAGUACUUUGAGUGCUCAAAAGUGAGGCGACAGGCGCUAUAUAGAAGUACCAGUACCACAGAUAAACAGUCAUCUGUGGCAUGAUGAACAUACUCUUUAGUUUUUAUCUUUUGGUUAAUGUGAAUGCUCACUGAUGCUGAGAUUGAAGACUGUCGCCCUUUUCUUUGUUUCGCUCAAGUCUGCUUCAAAAAUGCGGAUCUUCUAAACAAGACCACAAAUGUUAGGAUAUUGAAAAAAGCUCCUGGAUACACGCUGAUGGAAAAAUGUGGUUUACAUUAAAAUUAUCGAUGUUAUUCCAGUUCUGUUGUGCAGCUUAGAAAGAUUUCCAUACUGCAGCUUUACGACACAGGGGGCCUGAUUUACAGCUGUAAGCUAUUCACAUAAAACUCAUUCAGAUUCAGUCUUGUUAAGAAAUAUACUCCAAGCCCACAAAGUCUGGAGCUAGUACAGCGUGAUGCUGGCCAAGUUCCCUCUUCAAUUUAAAUCCAGUAAUAGUAGCUAAACGUAUAUUUGCGUGAUAAAUACAGUUUUAGACCACCACUCUUAUGCCAGCCCACUGAGUCAUGUGUAACAGAUGUUCAGAUCUGCCUUUUGCUGUGCAGAGUUGCACAAAGUGACUAGAGAGACUCAACUUUGGUUUGGUCUCAUUAGAAAAAGAAAAGCUGAAGCCAACAGAAAGCAUAUUGCUUGUAAUACAGCAUCUCACCUUCUUGAGAUUUCCUCGUCUCAUGGCCAGUGUUGAGAUUGAAAUGCAUUUUUUUUUUUUUUUGCAUAUGAAACAAAGUGGUCAUUAUUAAUGUAAGCUGUGAAGUCUAGCCCAUACCCAGUUAGAGUGGUAGGUGAAUCUGCACGCUUGUGGUUGAUACAGAAUCUGGACAUCUGUUUUCCUGUGCAGAGGUAAGUGGGGGAGGAUGCGAGCGGUAAUGAAUGUUUAAUUAGGCAUUUCCUGAGUAAUAAACAGAAGAUACCUACCAGCCCAGGUAAUGCAUACAUGCAGCAUGCAUAAUGCAUGUCAGACACUCUUUGGUCAUUUGAAAAAAAAAAAUACCAGCGACACUGUCUGACUGUCCAAUUUUGAACACACAAGCCAAGGUCGAGGUUACCGCGUCCCGCACUGUCACUGCUGACCUCUAAUUACAGGUUGAUUUGACAGUGGCUAUAAUUUAAUGACCAGUUCUCUCUCCUCUGCCUAUUUCCAGCAGGAGGCUAGGCAAUUACUAGUAUGGAGUUCAUGUAGUUUAUAUAUGCUUAGUAUGUCCUUUACAAAAGUAGAGUUAUUGUGAACAUGGGCUGUAAUUUAAAAUGUGCACUGGUGUCCCUAUAGCCCAACACAAGUGUUUGAUACUCCGAGAGGAUAUUUUAACGUAACAAUAGUGUGUGGGCAGGAAAUGCUGGUAACGCUAAAAGCUAGAGGAAUCAAUGAACUUGAGUCACAAUCUAAAAACUUUUCAGUACGUCAUCUAACUGAUUACACAAGUGUAGUCGUACUUAAUAACUGCCGUAAGCUGUUUUCGCUGUCUUCUGUUUAGUUGUCAUUUCCUUUUAAGUGAGGCUUUACCAUUUAACCAGAAAAGCAUUUCAAGGGAACUAGGAAGAGGGCACUUCCGCAUGAAAACACAUCUAAAAUGACUGUGUGCGCUUUUCUUCUGUUUUCUUAUUUAAAGGGCCCUUUGUAUCAUAAGUCAGUGCUCCACGUCGUCCAGCGGGUGGAGACCUGGGGGGGUUAACGGAGGGAGAUGAGGGAGUUAAUAUUGCUCUGGAGUGCCUCAGUCUACAGUAACAAAGAGCGCUCCGGGUUGCCAGGCAUCUGAAACGCCUCUCCCCUGGGAGAUGAAGAAGGGUAUGGAGGUAGAGGGGGGAGACAGCCGGCGGGUAAUCCUGACACUGAUCAGUUUCAUUAAGCGCAAUGAAAGAGCAGAAGAAAGGAUGAACGUGAAGAAAUGAUAUGGCCAGUGUUGUUUGGUGGUAAGUUAGGGUGUCAGCUGGAGUGAUGGCCAGGGCUUUAAUGGAUCUCCAUUAUCAUGGCGUUGUGGAAAGCACAUCAGAGUAGCGGUAGCUGACUGCAUAGACGGGUCUUAAACAUGAUGAAUUACCUAUUAUUUCUCCAUUCACUAAUGUAAUAUCUCAUUAUCAUCAUUAACCAGUUAUAAGAAAUGCCCACUGUGUUUUCUUCUCUUUGAAAGCACAAAGAGAUGUCUUCAGAUGACUUGUUUUUAUCUGUCAAAUUACCCGAAAUAUAUACAUACUGUCUUGUCUUUUACAUGAAAAGCAGCUGGGCACAUUUUGAGAAGUUGUCAAAAGGCUUUAUUCUUACACCGGCUCUCCUGAUAGUAGGCUUUCGUCAUGUGCCAUCUAUUUUUAAUAGUCGCGUUUGGCACGAGUAAAAGCUCAGGCAGCUGAUAUGACAUGGAUAAAUUCAUCGCUCGACUGGCAAGUUAGCCCGAUCAUCAAGUCAGCAUGCCAACAAAGUGCUCGAUAUCAUGAAGGAAUUUUUGAGGGGGGGGUUGCCAGGUUGUCAUGGAUACCUGCAGCACAGGGGGGUCUUGGUAGUAUCCUGCUCUGUUUACUUUGGGCCGUUUAUGUGACGGGACAGAUCCAUCAUUCAGCAGAAAGCGCAGCCUACAGGUAGAGCCCAAGCAGUGUGGCUCCACGUCCAUUAAUAAUGGCUCUGCUGUCAGAACAGGAGGCCCUUAUGGAGUCACUGUGACUCUGCAGUGAAGUCCGGUUUGCUGACUGUUUGCUGGCAGCACUUGUCAGUCUUUGUUGAGGGUUUUGGGGUUUUUUUUGUUUUCUUUUACGCUAUUACCUCACCUAGUGGCUCUGUGGAGAUCCCACAAGGCUGAUGCACAGUGAUAAAUGCAGUGCUGCUCCAGUCUAAUUUCAUCAGAGUGGAGCGCUGAUGUCAUGAAAUAUCAUGGGGUCCAGCAGGAAAGAGGUUUCGUGUAGCUCCUCAGAUAAUGAGCUCUGCUGUUUUGGAGUAUAGAGUGAACAUAUACUGCAGACACUAAAGACUGAACUCUUACUCUAUUUGUUUUCCCUUUGAGUCGAGGUUUUCUGUUUCACACACGCUCCUUAAAUAUGUCCCGUGUAAUUUAUCUGCUGUUUGUACUGAUGCAUUUAGAGUGCUUAUUUAUGCGUCAGAUCGCAGAAGGCCUUAAAGCCACACUUGCUAAAUACAGGUAUUAAUGGUGAUCACGUCUUUUGUAAGCACAGUUUUAACAGAUGUGAGAGCAGCCUCCCUAUUUUUUGUCUUGUUUUUUAUAGCUUGUUUGUGUCUUUCUCAUUUCUUUGUGCAGGGUGACCCUAAGUUGCCUCUGAGAGUCUGAAUGCUGAAUUAACUCGGCAUGGUUUCGUUUUUCAUUUAGUCUUCAA